GCUGUCAAAACAACUAAACAUCACACCCUGAGUAAACAAAUUCAAAGACGGAAGCAGAGUAAACGGUGGGCAGGUGUAUUGAAUAAUAAUAAAAUUCAUAUUAUUCAUACGCAUGCGCCUCAGAGUGGCCAGCUAAACGUUACAGCUACAUAAUAGAGCACAUUACUCUAUUCAAACGGUGAAGAAUGCGAAACUUACACGUUGGCCACUCUCGUGACUUCACCCUCUCUAUCUAUACGACGCCGUAAGGCCAAAGUUCGACGGCAAUCGCAAUCAUUUGCGAUAAUUUGCAAAGAAAUUUUAUUUGCAACAGUCAGUAGCGCUCUCAAAUGCUUACCAAAUGCUGAGAAACGCUGUGCCAAAACGUUAAAUAAAGCGGAAAAGUAUAAAAUAAUAUAUUUUGUAUUAAAUUGAACGCCGGUUCAUAAGUUUUUAAACAAAAAAUGAGUAAAUCGCUUUUACGUUUUCGUGUUUGGUGUCUUGUGGGUCUGCUGCUGUCCGUCUAUGCCACAUAUGUGGAGCUGAGAGCGGAAAGGGAUGCUGACUACGUGGCAAUGUGCGAUUUGAGUCCCAAAAUCAGCUGCACCGCAGUCUUUACAUCAAACUACGGCAAAGGAUUUGGUCUCACACAAUACUUUACCAGCUGGAAUCCACCGAAUGGUGUACUCGGUGUUGGCUUCUAUAUACUGCUACUGUUACUAACACCACCAAGACACCGACCUCUCGCCUGGCUGCAGCUAAUACUCUGUCUUGCUUCCAAUUUACUCUCUGUUUACUUGGCAUAUUUGUUGUAUUUCGUGCUGGAAGAUUUGUGUGUGGUUUGUGUUUCGAUUUACGUUGUCAACUUCUUCUGUUUGUGGGAGUCGUGGCAAAUCUACAAGCCAUCUUGGCGGAACGACGCGAAAACGUUUUCGAAAGCACUAAAUGGCUUUGAUAAAAAUAAAUAAAUUUAUAAAAUAAUACAGACUUAUUUUGGGUUACAAUUUUUUAAUAUUCGUGCGUCUUAGUUUAGUUUAAAUUAUACCUUACGUUUACAGUUAUGUUUCAAUAUAUGCAUAUUUGUUUAAGACUUUAUCGUUAUAUUUCACUUAGAAGAAAGCAUUUUUCAGUUAAAGUGCACUAAUUUUGUAUAAAAAAAUAUUUAAUAUUAUAUAUUAUAUUACAUAUAUAUAUACGGAA